AUGAAUGUGGCUAUGACCUGGGCACGAGAAGGGAAACGAAAGAGGGGAAGGCCAAAAACAACAUGGCGCAGGACAGUGGAGAAAGAAAGGGUCGAGGCUGGAUUGAGAUCAUGGGACGAGGCGAGGGUGACUGCUGUGGACAGGACGAAAUGGAGGAAAACUGCUGAGGCCUUAUGUGCCACCUAGGGCGCGAAGGAGACAGGUAACAGGUAAGAUACCCCGGUUUCGGUGUACGGAUACGAGUAGUGUCAUCUUGUUUUACUGAUGUCUGUAAUUCGAUCAUACUUUUUCUGUUUUCUUGCAAUAGACAAUGAUAUAAUGCGAAAAAUGUGCACCUUAAUUACGAGUAAAGCUACGGAAAUCGACGAAAAUAUUGCUAACCAAAAUCAUGCUACCCGUACACGUACACCGAAACCAGGGUAUCUUAACCUCUCUAAUUACGCACUCAGUCCGGUCACACCUUGAACCAUGACCAAAUCUUUUGAAUACUUUCCCUACAACAUCUGGCUGGAUCCAUCCCUGCAUAAAUUAAAUUUUGCAGGAAGAGGCAUAGAAAUUUUUUAAUAUUAAGUUAAUUGAUAAUCAGUUUAUAGAGUAAAAACACAUGUGUGGGAUUUUUACUCAACUAUAAAAAUAUCACUUGAUAUUAUUAGCACUCAUGGAGAUCCAAGCUUUGCAAUAUGAAAAGUACGUGGUGUUUCCACUAAACCAAAACUUAUAUGAUAAAAAUAUCUUUUUGAAAAUUGUUUCCAUGGUAAUUAAAUGACAUACGUAAAACACAAGCAACAAAUCAUGAUAGAAAUUGUGUACUACCUCCGUAUCAGUACAGGACCAACUUGAUACGAUUACUGUGUCAGUCGAAGAAGUUAAUGCGUUGCUAUCCAACCUAUCAACAGCAAAGGCUACAGGUCUCGAUGGAAUUUCAGCCACUAGACUUUUGAAAGAGUGUUCAGGUGUGCUUGAUCCCUCUCUAACAGCAUUGUUCAACAUGUCGUUAUCUCUCGGUAAAGUACCAACAGAGUGGAAACAAGCAAAUGUUGUUCCUGUCCCUAAAAGUGGCGACUCCCAUGUGAUCAGUAAUCAUCGACCAAUCUCCUUAUUAUGACUGAUUUCCCAAAGGCCUUGAACACGCAAUCCAUGUCCGAGUUUCUGAUUUUGUUAAACUUCUAUUACAUGAUCAACAACACGGUUUCCGUACAGGUCGG